CUAGCACAUCCCCGACAACACUUACCAACUCAAAAGAAACCACCACGAGAUCAUCAGAAACCACGAUAACCACAGAUCACCGCUCCAUUUCCCCAACAGAAAAUACUAACACCUCUUCAGCAGAAACCAUUAAAUCAAGUAAUGUCACCACGUCAGCGGGCACCACCAUGACCCCAAAUGUCACCCCCACAAUCUCAGUGGAAACCACCACUACCCUGGAUGUCACCACCUCAACAGAAACUGCAAUGACAUCUGAUGUAACAACCACCAGGUCAGUGGAAUCUACUAUGAGCACAGAUCACACCACCGUUACCUCGAGCAAAACCACCCUGUCCUCACAUGUCACCACCUCAGCAGAAACUGCAACUUCAGGUGAUGUCACCACGUCAGCAGGCACCACCAUGACUCCUAAUGUCACCCCCACAGUCUCAGUGGAAACCACCAUUAGCCCGGAUGUCACCACGUCAACAGAAGCUGCCAUAACAUCUGAUGUGAGAACCACCACGUCAAUGGAAUCCACUAUGAGCACAGAUCACACCACCAUUACCUCGAGAGAAACCACCCUGUCCUCACAGGUCACCACCUCAGCAGAAACUGCAACUUCAGGUGAUGUCACCACGUCAGCAGGCACCACCAUGACUCCUAAUGUCACCCCCACAAUCUCAGUGGAAACCACCAAUACCCCGGAUGUCACCACGUCAGUGGAAAUGACCAUGACAUCUGAUGUAAAAACCACCACGUCAGUGGAAUCCACUAUGAGCACAGAUCACACCACCGUUACCUCGAGCGAAACCAGAGAAACUGAAACUUCAGGUGAUGUCACCACGUCAUCAGGCACAACCAUGACCACUAAUGUCACCCCCACAAUCUCAGUGGAAACCACCACUACCCCGGAUGUCACCACCUCAACGGAAAGUGCCAUGACAUCUGAUGUAACAAACACAACGUCAGUGGAAAGUGCCAUGACAUCAGAUGUAACAACCACCACGUCAGUGGAAUCCACUAUGAGCACAGAUCACACCACCAUUACCUCGAGAGAAACCACCCUGUCCUCACAUGUCACCACCUUAGCAGAAACUGCAACUUCAGGUGAUGUCACCACGUCAGCGGGCACCACCAUGACCCCUAAUGUCACCCCCACAAUCCCAGUGGAAACCACCACAACCCUGGAUGUCACCAAGUCAGUGGAAAGUGCCAUGACAUCAGAUGUAACAACCACCAC